UGUUAAGCGUUAAAUAUAUUCUUCAUCUAUACUUUCGAGCUUGCUCUAAAUAGCGUACUGGAAUCUCCCGGCGAUUUGAAACGCAUCUACGCAUUCCGUUCCGAGUGACAAGUACCUGGAAACCGAGACGCCAGUUAUCUCUAACGGUUCUACUAGCGAAGCAUUCAAUAAUCGAAAAACCUCGGACAUCCCUCAGUUCUUGUUAUUCAUCGAGCUUCGGCUCCAAUCUGGCCGAUAACGAAGGAUGUGACGUAGCUCGUGAUGGUGACGCCAUCUUACCGAGCACCCGCCAAUCAUAUCGUGUGGAGAACGAGGGUGGUCAUGUAAACGGAGCUCCUGGUGCUGUCGAAUGGAGCCAAAGUGGUCCGCCUUCACUUUCUAUGUCGGUGGACUUGCAUAAUUUGGUCAAUCCGAAUCUUCAAGACUCUGGGCAUUAUUCCGCUAGUCCCGAACACAUUGAUGCCGUCGCAUCAUCUUGUAACAUUAAAUCUACAAAUAAUCACGAAGAAGAGGAAAGCUACGAAGCAUUUGGAUCUGUCGAAGGUGACGCUGAUGACGGGGUGGAAUCACCGGGUGGUAGCAGUUCUGCACCUUCACCCACAAGUACUAGUUCUUUCAAAAAUCCAAGAAGUCCCAAUUCAACUAUAGGAAGAUAUUCUUGUCUACGAACAUCACUUAGGCGAACGCCGCCUUGUCAACUUUAUCGAAGUGGGAGCUUCAAUAGUUCUGGUAUAAGCUCCAACUGUGAUCCCGCGGACGAUAUGUACAGCGAUGUCUCUCUCGAGGAUGAUGUCAUUGAUCUCAAUCAUAAAGUUCAAAUGAUUCAAGAACAAAUGCAUGCUUUUCAAUCGGUCGGAGAAGAACGAUAUGUUAGAGCAAAACAAGAAAAUGCUACGUUACAAGCGAGAAUAUUAAUGUUAGAAGAAGCUGCCAAAGAUGCUGAAACUAGAGCCGAAGAAAGACUUCAAGCGGAACAACGAAGACAUAGAGAUUGGGCAAGUCGUUUAGAACGCGAACGUCAAUUGCAAUUAGAAAAUUAUGCUAUUAAAUUGCAAGCAAUAGAAUUAGAAGAAACUAGUUUAAGAGAUGAAAUAGCAAGGUUACGCGAGCAACUGGAAAAAGUUAAAAUAGAGAAAAAUCGAUUAGAAAAUGAUCUCGAAGAAGCUAGAAGAGAAAUAGAUAGCGCUCGUGAAAGUGAACGGCAAGCAAUAAGUCGAGCUAACGAAGCUCAUUAUCAACUUAAAGUUAUUAAAGAAGAAUUGACUAUGAAAAUUGAAGAUCAACAAAAAAUAGAAGAAUUAAUGCAACAAGUAGCACAACUUCAAGCUUGUAAUAAAAGUUUAGAAGAAUCACGAGAUGAAUUGCAAGCUGCAGCGGCUCUGCAGGCAGGCCGUGAACUUUUAAUGUUAAAUCCUUGUAAUAAUUCUGUUGAAAAAGGACCUAGUCUCGCUGUAGAAUUACUAGCUGGCAUGAAUCAAGAUCAGAUAGACGGUCAACUUUCUGGAGAUAAUGGUGAACCUUGUAAUAUAUCUGAAAUAAAACAAGCUUUAAAGGAACAACAAGAAGUCAAUACACAAUUAAGAGCAUAUAUUGAUGGAAUUCUAUUAAACAUAGUUGAAAAUUAUCCCCAGUUGUUAGAAGUGAAACAAACUCAUUGAACUAUUAUAUGAAUAAUUAUUAAAUUUAAUGUUGAUUGUUCCAGGCAGUUGUACAUUAUUUUGUUGAAAUUUUUAAUUAUUUAUAAAUUUAUAUAAACAAUUUUGUCAUUAGCUUUACACAAGUACCAUAUAGGAAAGCAAUUUCCGUCCAUAUGAACUUAAAAUUUUACUAUAUUAUAAUAGAUAUAUAAAAAUUUUCACUGCCAAAAUUAUUACUUCGGUUAUACUUAAUAUUAAUAAUAAUUUUUGGUAUAUUUUUAAUAUUAAAGGCAGUGAGUUGAUAAAAAAAUUAAAAUAAAUUCUAUAUCGUUCGAAUUUUAAAAUUCGAGGCCUUAAAAUGUUGCCUUUAUAAUGAUAAAAAAGUUAUUCUUAAUGAUAGAAAAAUGAGAAAUAGUAAAUAUAUAAUGAUGUAUUAUUUAUUAUACAUAAAAUUACUAACAUUUCUUUUUGUAAGAAAAUAAAUUAAUGAAAAAUAUUAAAAAAUUUUUAAUAAAUAUCAAAAUGUAUAAUUGCAUUUUGAUAUUAUAAAAAUUUAUUUUAACAAAAGUACCUAAAAAAUUUAAUAUUAAAUAUUUUCACUUAAUAGAUUACAGUAUAGUUUAAAAAUUAAUCAAUGAUGUUGAGAGUGUAAUUAAAUAAUUAUAUUUUGUUAUCUCUUUCUCUUUCUCCCUUUUUCUUGACAGUUUCAAUCUAUUUAUAAUUUCAUAAAUUUUUAUAAAUCAAAGAUGAUAUAUAUGUUAAAAAAUUUUUGAAUAAAAUAUUGUUGAAUUAUUGAAAUUUUGAAUAUUUAAAAAAUUGUUAUUAUCAAUCUUGUAAUAUCAAUAUAAUCAAUAUUGAUUUUUUUAUAUUGUAUUGAAGAGAGAAAAAGAAAAAAAAUUGUUUAUGUAAUAGUUUUUAUAAUCAUUAUUAAAAAAAAAAUAUAACAAAUUAGGUACUAAUAAAAUUUAGUUAUUUUGUACAUAAUUGUUAGAUACAUUUUUACAUGAAAUGAUAUAAUAAAAAAAUAAAUUUGAAACAAGAUAUAAUGUAUUUCUUAAAUUAUUGUGUAAAUAAAAAAUGAAUGAAAAAUUCAUAACAAA